GUCGGCCUUGCCUGCCUGGUGACCCUCGUGGCCGCGGCCGCCGCCUACAGCGUGGAGGCCUUCGUGGUGCGCGUCCUUGCGGCCCGCCCCCGGGGCGGCGGGCCCCCCCGCCUGUGCGGGGAGCGGCGGGCCCUGGGCCGCGCGGCCGGGGCGGCCGGGUGCGCCACGGAGGAUCGGCCUGCCGACGCGCGCGCGGCGCCGGCGCUGGCCCUUGCCGCGUCUGGGCUUGCGGCCGCGCUGGCUCUCG